CUCUCGAACUUGACAGCGCGGAUAGGAAAACUUAGUAGUGUAUACCAUGAAUGCUUUAGUUUUGUAAUUUUUGAAAAGGCGGUUCAAUUGGAAAAUCUGUUUGAGCAAGGGCGAUUUUCUCCCCGCAUUUACUCUCAUCUUUGUGCGAAGACGAAGAAAUACGCGACCGGCGACCCCGAAAAAUUUGAUUUGCCAGCAAACACUUGUAGAGUUGUAGUAAUAUUUGUAAUAGAUCCCUAUGUCUAUUCAGCGAUGUGAAGAUUUGACUGCAUGUAUAAAGCUCUUUAUUUACAUACAUAUAUAAACUUUCUUUAGACGCUAGUCUAAAUCAACAUUCAGUUGUUUUUCACGAGGCCUAUUUAUUUCUGGUUUAUACAAAAACCUCUUUAAAAUGAGACAUAAUAAGGAAGUCCAGGCGACAAAGCAAACUGAAUCUAAUCAGUUUGAAGAUUUGUUGUGCGUGCCUCCAUAUCAUUUGCAAUUGUAGGUUCCUCUAGCUGACGAUCUGAUUAAAAUGUUUGUCGAAGUUUCCUUAUCACUUUCUGUUUGUUGGUUGCUAUGGUUUCUGAUCACGACGCACCUUCGUCGUCGGUCUACUCCACCUGGUCCAUUCCCCUUGCCUAUCAUAGGAAAUGCCCAUCAAAUGGGCACAAAUCCCCCGUUUUCUAUGGAGAGAAUUCACAAGAAAUAUGGGGAAAUAUACGCGUUGACUCUACCUGUGGGAACAUUUGUCAUAUUGAACAAUGGUAGAGUAGCGCGCGAAGCACUGGUAACCAGAAAAGAUGAUUUUAGUGGUCGACCGGGCGAUUCGGCUAAUUUUCCUUUACGUGAUAUAUUUGACGGCAAAGAUAUAAGUUUCACUGACUUUGGAGCGAGUUUUCUCUUCCGUCGUCGAAUAAUUAGUUCUGCUUUUCAUGUAUUUGGCGAAGGACUGCAAGAGGCUGAAGCAAGAGUGAACAAGGAAGUUGGUUAUUUGCUUGAAUGGUUUGGUGAAAGUGAAGGUAAAGCAGUAACACCAUACACUGGUAUUAACAGCACCAUGAUAAACAUCAUGAGUGAAUGGUUGUUCUCCAAAAGAUACGAUUACCAUGAUCCAACCAUGAAGGAACUUUUUACUUUUAACGAGAAACUGCUGUACGUUGUUCAACAAGGUCGGUUUUACCAAGCAUUUCCUUUGCUGAAGUAUUUACCAACUAAAGUAAUGAAAACUUUGGGCGAAGUUCUGGCCAUGCGUGAUGAGUUAUUUGGUUCACAGUUAAAUGAACACACUGAGAGCUACCAAGAUGACGUGAUAAGGGACAUUACGGACGCAUUGCUCGCAGAGUAUAACAAGGAAAAAGCGAAGAAACUCGAUAAAACAAUGGGAUCUAAAGAUGAUAUUAAGUAUUUCUUGAUGAAUAUUUUUGUAGCGGCAAGUGACACAAGUGCCUCAGUGUUAACGUGGUUUAUGCUUUACAUGGUUGUUUACAAAGAUGUACAAGAAAAAAUUCAAAAAGAAAUUGACGAUACUGUCGGCGAUCACCGCUUACCCAACUGGAAGGAUUCCGAAAACCUUCCGUAUCUCCUUGCUACCAUUUGUGAAGUAAUGCGUCAUUCAAAUUUCGUACCAAUAAACCUUCCUCACAAAGCAAUCCGAGAUUCAACCAUUAAUGGAUACCAUAUUCCAAAGGAGACAACAAUUUUAUUCAACUUCGCCACUAUUCACAAUGACCCACGUGAUUGGGAAGAACCGAGAAUGUUUAAACCUGAGCGAUUUAUUUCUGAGGAUGGAAAAUUUGUCGGAUGGAAUUCUUUGCCUAGUUUCUUUCCGUUUGGGGCAGGCCGCAGAAUGUGCCCAGGCGAAAAUCUUGGUAAACUUCAAGUAUUUGUUGUGACAUCAAACGUCCUCCACCAGUUCUGUUUAAAAACUGUGGACAAUGAACCCGAACCAAACUUAGACAAUAUUCCUGGGCCAAUUUUAUACCCGAAGGAAUAUAGAGUUUGUGCUGUGAAGCGUUAUUAAACUAUAGACUUUGCAUGAUUCCUUGUGAUUAAUUAAAUAUAUGUGUUAAAGUAGGAUUCUCUACAUAUAAUGAAAAGACUUUGAAUGGAUUUCUAAUUAUCUAAUAUGUAGCGAAAUUUAUCAAUAUUUUUAUGUAACAAUGUCUUCAUUAUUAAAUUCGAACUUAAACCAGCAAAUUAAAAAUCAACCUGUCACAGUAUACAGUUCAUAUUAAGCCAACAUUGCCAGUGCAUUAUCUAAAUUACAAUAUGAGCCUAACAUAUUCUUCAUUAGCAGACUAAUCCGAUGAGAGAUUGUUUCCAG